GUGAACCUCUUUGCAAGAAAUUGUGUCUCAUUGGAAAAAAUAGUAACUAUAUCAAACUUGAAGAAACUUGAAGAGUUGGAUCUUGAAAACUGUGAAAGUUUGGUUGAGCUUCCAAACAUGGAGAGUCUUUCAUCCUUAAAAAAGCUUAACAUAAGGAAUUGCAAUGCUUUGAGUAUUCGUGAUAACUAUUUGCAUGAAGAAGAUUUUCCAAUUGCUCUUAGGAGUUUGUCCUCCUCGUUGAAUGAAAUAGAUUUAAUGGGGAGUUAUUAUCUUCAAAGUUUACUAUUAUGCCUUUCCCAUCAAUAUUCCAAUUUGGAGAGACUCUUCUUGGACGAUCUGCAGAAUCUUAGAUCACUUCCACAACUUCCUCCUAAUUUGAGGUUACUCUCUGCAAAGAAUUGUGUUUCAUUAGAAAAAGCAGAUGUAUCCAACUUGAAAAGACUUGAAUGGCUAGAUAUUCAGAAUUGCAAAAGUUUGGUUGAGCUUUCAGGCUUGGAGAGUCUUGAAUCCUUCCUAUUUCUUGGGAUAGCAAAUUGCAGUUGUUUGAGGAUUCCUCCGAUUGAAAAGUGGUUCAAGGUACAUAGUAACUAUAUUUAUGUGGUAGUACUUGGCCGGGGUAGAAUAAACUGCCAUUUUGGAGUCCUUGAAAUCCUGCUGAAUGUGAUUGAUCCCAGUGAAAUUGAUGGUGGUAAUAGAAUUGAUUUGAGUGUGAGAAGCAAAAGCAGUGGUGCUAAUUGGAUUCUAAUGGAACCCAAAUAUAAGCAAAAGCUGUUGUGGUGCUUGUUUGACGUUCCAAUGACAAUGAUGGGAGAAGUAUUGGAGGUGUAUGUAGAAGUCCAUGAUUGGCAGAAGAUAUUUUGUGUAGGUGAAAUACAUAGAAACAGAGAAGGGGAGGUGCGUUUCUUUCCAUCCCCAAGGGGAUGCAUUCCUUCCUAUAAUAAGGAAGAUGGAGAGAGGAAGAGGAAAAGGAAGGUGGAGAUAGGUAGAGGCGGACAGAGGGAUUUCCUUCCAAUCACAAGGGGAUUGAUUCCUUGUUUUAUGAUUAGACAAUUAUCGACACGACCCAUUAACACGACAUUGAAACCGGACACGAAAAUAACGGACAGGUACAAUUUAACUUGAUCAGAGCAAUUAUACAUGAGUGGUUUUUAUACCAUUUGGAUAUGGAUGGAAUCAAUUGGAUGAUGGAAACAAAAGGGAUCGGAGAUAAAAAAAAAAAAAAUUGAACCACAAAGCCUCAAGUCAGACUGCAUGUCAAGAUUUUGCUUUAAGCAAUGGAUCGGAGUUGAUUGGUAUCACUACCAGAAAGCAAAGCCAGUGGUGCCUCAGCAAGCAUGUUGUGAAGGUGACAGUGUCAAGAUUUCGCCUGAUGAAGUGAUACAUUUGUCAGUUGCAUUGUGCCAACGCUUUCGAGGCAUGGAUUCAUUUAUAUGAUUUCGGUGGGCUUUUGUUUUGGUGACUGCAAUGGAGUUCGUAUCGCUACGAGAAGCAAAACCAGUGGUGACUCAGCUUGGGUUGGAGAUGAAUGCUGUGUGGAGAAGAAGAAGAAGUAUGGAAGAGUUGAUUUUGAGGUGGCACUGUGGCAGUAAUGGUGGGGAAGUAGUGGAAGAAUAUCUUCAAAGCUUACCCUUCCGCCUUUGUCAUCUUUCAAACUUGAAAGUUCUCUACUUGGAGGAUUUCCAAAAUCUUAGAGUACUCGUAGAACUUCCUCCUAGUUUGGUGAACCUCUUUGCAAGAAAUUGUGUCUCAUUGGAAAAAAUAGUAACUAUAUCAAACUUGAAGAAACUUGAAGAGUUGGAUCUUGAAAACUGUGAAAGUUUGGUUGAGCUUCCAAACAUGGAGAGUCUUUCAUCCUUAAAAAAGCUUAACAUAAGGAAUUGCAAUGCUUUGAGUAUUCGUGAUAACUAUUUGCAUGAAGAAGAUUUUCCAAUUGCUCUUAGGAGUUUGUCCUCCUCGUUGAAUGAAAUAGAUUUAAUGGGGAGUUAUUAUCUUCAAAGUUUACUAUUAUGCCUUUCCCAUCAAUAUUCCAAUUUGGAGAGACUCUUCUUGGACGAUCUGCAGAAUCUUAGAUCACUUCCACAACUUCCUCCUAAUUUGAGGUUACUCUCUGCAAAGAAUUGUGUUUCAUUAGAAAAAGCAGAUGUAUCCAACUUGAAAAGACUUGAAUGGCUAGAUAUUCAGAAUUGCAAAAGUUUGGUUGAGCUUUCAGGCUUGGAGAGUCUUGAAUCCUUCCUAUUUCUUGGGAUAGCAAAUUGCAGUUGUUUGAGGAUUCCUCCGAUUGAAAAGUGGUUCAAGGUACAUAGUAACUAUAUUUAUGUGGUAGUACUUGGCCGGGGUAGAAUAAACUGCCAUUUUGGAGUCCUUGAAAUCCUGCUGAAUGUGAUUGAUCCCAGUGAAAUUGAUGGUGGUAAUAGAAUUGAUUUGAGUGUGAGAAGCAAAAGCAGUGGUGCUAAUUGGAUUCUAAUGGAACCCAAAUAUAAGCAAAAGCUGUUGUGGUGCUUGUUUGACGUUCCAAUGACAAUGAUGGGAGAAGUAUUGGAGGUGUAUGUAGAAGUCCAUGAUUGGCAGAAGAUAUUUUGUGUAGGUGAAAUACAUAGAAACAGAGAAGGGGAGGUGCGUUUCUUUCCAUCCCCAAGGGGAUGCAUUCCUUCCUAUAAUAAGGAAGAUGGAGAGAGGAAGAGGAAAAGGAAGGUGGAGAUAGGUAGAGGCGGACAGAGGGAUUUCCUUCCAAUCACAAGGGGAUUGAUUCCUUGUUUUAUGAUUAGACAAUUAUCGACACGACCCAUUAACACGACAUUGAAACCGGACACGAAAAUAACGGGCUUCAAGAAUAAACCUUAGAUCUCCAAAUACUCCCUUGAACUCUUGAAGGCUGAACUGUUGAUGCUUUACAAAUAAUCUACUCCAUAAUACUUUGAUCGUCACUACUUACGGUCUAGUUAUGACCCAGCUGGGACAAGAUGGACAAAGGAAGAGGAAAAGGAAGGUGCAGAUAGACAGAGGCGGCAUAUCUAUCCGGCAGAGGCGGUUAUAAUCUUCACCUUUUAAUUUGCUGCAAAAAGGCCCCAUUAUUAUUAUAGUAACUUGUACAAUUUAAUUUGAUCAAAGCAAUUAACAGUGAUUUUUAUACCAUUUGGAUGGAGAUGGAGUCAAUGAUGGGAGAAGAAUUGAAGGUACAGGUACAAUUUAACUUGAUCAGAGCAAUUAUACAUGAGUGGUUUUUAUACCAUUUGGAUAUGGAUGGAAUCAAUUGGAUGAUGGAAACAAAAGGGAUCGGAGAUAAAAAAAAAAAAAAUUGAACCACAAAGCCUCAAGUCAGACUGCAUGUCAAGAUUUUGCUUUAAGCAAUGGAUCGGAGUUGAUUGGUAUCACUACCAGAAAGCAAAGCCAGUGGUGCCUCAGCAAGCAUGUUGUGAAGGUGACAGUGUCAAGAUUUCGCCUGAUGAAGUGAUACAUUUGUCAGUUGCAUUGUGCCAACGCUUUCGAGGCAUGGAUUCAUUUAUAUGAUUUCGGUGGGCUUUUGUUUUGGUGACUGCAAUGGAGUUCGUAUCGCUACGAGAAGCAAAACCAGUGGUGACUCAGCUUGGGUUGGAGAUGAAUGCUGUGUGGAGAAGAAGAAGAAGUAUGGAAGAGUUGAUUUUGAGGUGGCACUGUGGCAGUAAUGGUGGGGAAGUAGUGGUAAGUGUUUGCAAUAAUCAAACUAGUGGUCUUCUCUUACAAGAAUCAUGUUUCACCCCACUCGAUUAUCUUUUGAGACUUUUUUCUUUUCUUUUUUAAUCCAUGUGUAUUGCAAAUUUGUGCUCCUUUGAAGUUAUUGAGAAUUUGACCUCAUUGAAAUAUUUAAAUUUAUUAGGAAGAAUAUCUUCAAAGCUUA